CAUUUCUUAUUUUGCAAACAUUUUACCAAUGGGAUCCUGCAGAUAAUCACCAUGUGCGAGAUGCAUUCCUAAAUUGUAUGAAACAUAGAUUGAGUGACAAUCUCAGGGAUGAGAAGUUGAAAUGGGACAAGAACUCAACCUAUGUCCCAUGUUGGAUCCCAACUCAUAUAUUACCUCAGUUGUUGACAUAUUGGGACUCUGAUGAAUAUAAGAGGCUCAGUGCAAGGGGAGCAAAGAAUAGGAGCUUUGGGGAAAGGGUGACUCACACCACUGGGUCCAUUAGCUUUGGCAUCCAUGAGAUGCGGAUGGAUACUUAUGUUGCAGAGUGCAUAGAGAGUCAUGGCUCUGAUGCUAGUUCGUGGCCACGCAUGGAUAACGAGGCAUGGGUUAAGGCUGUUGGAGGUUGCUCAUCUAAUUUCAUGCCAGGGAUUGGCUCCCAAGUAAAUCUAGAGAUGACAAUUGCACAGUCUGUUGCAGCAGCUAUAGCCGCUCAUGGCAUCUCCCCUCAGGUAGGUCAUCAUCCAGUUGCCCCACCACAACCGUCACAUGGUCCUAGCUCAUGUCUUCACAUGAAUUCAGCUUUCACCUACUCCACUGAUUCUACACAAACCUCUCCUAUGGUUCCUGAAUAUCAGCAGCAGUGGCAGUUUCCACCUCAAGAUGAUGAUGCAUACCAUCCUGCUUUUGAUCCAGACUAUCAGGGUCCUUAGUUUUUUAUUUUUCUGCUACGCGCAUUAUUUGCACACUUUGCAUGGUUGGCUUUAUUUCUGUUAGUACUUUAAACUGUUAGCAUUAACUUUUCAUUACGAUAUAUUUUCUUAUUUUGCUUGACUUCCAAGUGAUCAUACUUCAAAAGGUAUGAAGUUUUGGACUGCUUUGGAGGUUAAUUAUUAUUAACUAAAUAUCGUGGGUAUUU